ACUGGAGGAAUCGCACCUUCAGAGGGAUCUGCUGAAGCAAGAGAAACAUCAGCUUACCAUGGCACUGGAAAAGGCAGAGCAGGCAGUAGCAGAGUUGACAGGGGCUCAGAAUAAGCUGAGUGCUGAAGCAGCUGAUCUACGUGUUGCAACAGCGAAGAUGAGCAGUAUGAAUGAAGCCCUUGCGCUGGAUAAAGUGCAACUGAGCAAACUUGUGCUGCAGGUGAGCAGAGCUGCCAAAGAUCUUGCCAAGGGUUCGUCUCCAGCUGCUGCUGCUGCUUCUUUUCAGACUCCUUGCCUUCCGACAGUAGGACUGUCUGAAUAUGGAAAUGUUGUUCCUUUUUCUGUCCAAGCCAAACCUCCUACAGAGUCAAUCUGACUGUA